GCACUUGAACUUGGAAUCUUAUAACUUGAAGAACUGCCCUGGAGAAAGGAAGAAACUUAUAAUAAAUGGGAAAUUAUAAAUCUAGACCAACCCAAACUUGUACUGAUGAAUGGAAGAAAAAAGUCAGUGAAUCAUAUGUUAUCACAAUAGAAAGAUUAGAAGAUGACCUGCAGAUCAAGGAAAAAGAACUGACAGAACUAAGGAAUAUAUUUGGCUCUGAUGAAGCCUUCAGUAAAGUCAAUUUAAAUUACCGCACUGAAAAUGGGCUGUCUCUACUUCAUUUAUGUUGCAUUUGUGGAGGCAAGAAAUCACAUAUUCGAACUCUUAUGUUGAAAGGGCUCCGCCCAUCUCGACUGACAAGAAAUGGAUUUACAGCCUUGCAUUUAGCAGUUUACAAGGAUAAUGCAGAAUUGAUCACUUCUCUGCUUCACAGUGGAGCUGAUAUACAGCAGGUUGGAUACGGUGGCCUCACUGCCCUCCAUAUUGCUACAAUAGCUGGCCACCUAGAGGCUGCUGAUGUGCUGUUGCAACAUGGAGCUAAUGUCAAUAUUCAAGAUGCAGUUUUUUUCACUCCAUUGCAUAUUGCAGCGUACUAUGGACAUGAACAGGUAACUCGCCUUCUUUUGAAAUUUGGUGCUGAUGUAAAUGUAAGUGGUGAAGUUGGAGAUAGACCCCUCCACCUAGCAUCUGCAAAAGGAUUCUUGAAUAUUGCAAAACUCUUGAUGGAAGAAGGCAGCAAAGCAGAUGUGAAUGCUCAAGAUAAUGAAGACCAUGUCCCACUCCAUUUCUGUUCUCGAUUUGGACACCAUGAUAUAGUUAAGUAUCUGCUGCAAAGUGAUUUGGAAGUUCAACCUCAUGUUGUUAAUAUCUAUGGAGAUACCCCCUUACACCUGGCAUGCUACAAUGGCAAAUUUGAAGUUGCCAAGGAAAUCAUCCAAAUAUCAGGAACAGAAAGUCUGACUAAGGAAAACAUCUUCAGUGAAACAGCUUUUCAUAGUGCUUGUACCUAUGGCAAGAGCGUUGACCUAGUCAAAUUUCUUCUUGAUCAGAAUGUCAUAAACAUCAACCACCAAGGAAGGGAUGGGCACACUGGAUUACACUCUGCUUGCUACCACGGUCACAUUCGCCUGGUUCAGUUCUUACUGGAUAAUGGAGCUGAUAUGAAUCUAGUGGCUUGUGAUCCCAGCAGGUCUAGUGGUGAAAAAGAUGAGCAGACAUGUUUGAUGUGGGCUUAUGAAAAAGGGCAUGAUGCCAUUGUCACACUCCUGAAGCAUUAUAAGAGACCACAAGAUGAAUUGCCCUGUAAUGAAUAUUCUCAGCCUGGAGGAGAUGGCUCCUAUGUGUCUGUUCCAUCACCCUUGGGGAAGAUUAAAAGCAUGACAAAAGAGAAGGCAGAUAUUCUCCUCCUAAGAGCUGGAUUGCCUUCACAUUUCCAUCUUCAGCUCUCAGAAAUUGAGUUCCAUGAGAUUAUUGGCUCAGGUUCUUUUGGGAAAGUAUAUAAAGGACGAUGCAGAAAUAAAAUAGUGGCUAUAAAACGUUAUCGAGCCAAUACCUACUGCUCCAAGUCAGAUGUGGAUAUGUUUUGCCGAGAGGUGUCCAUUCUCUGCCAGCUCAAUCAUCCCUGCGUAAUUCAGUUUGUGGGCGCUUGCUUGAAUGAUCCCAGCCAGUUUGCCAUUGUCACUCAAUACAUAUCAGGGGGUUCUCUGUUCUCCCUCCUUCAUGAGCAGAAGAGGAUUCUUGAUUUGCAGUCUAAAUUAAUUAUUGCAGUAGAUGUUGCCAAAGGCAUGGAGUACCUUCACAACCUGACACAGCCAAUUAUACAUCGUGACUUGAACAGUCACAAUAUUCUUCUCUAUGAGGAUGGGCAUGCUGUGGUGGCAGAUUUUGGAGAAUCAAGAUUUCUACAGUCUCUGGAUGAAGACAACAUGACAAAACAACCUGGGAACCUCCGUUGGAUGGCUCCUGAGGUGUUCACGCAGUGCACUCGGUACACCAUCAAAGCAGAUGUCUUCAGCUAUGCUCUGUGUCUGUGGGAAAUUCUCACCGGCGAAAUUCCAUUCGCUCAUCUCAAGCCAGCGGCUGCGGCAGCAGACAUGGCUUACCACCACAUCAGACCUCCCAUUGGCUAUUCCAUUCCCAAGCCCAUAUCAUCUCUGCUGAUACGAGGGUGGAACGCAUGUCCUGAAGGAAGACCCGAAUUUUCUGAAGUUGUCACGAAGUUAGAAGAGUGUCUCUGCAACAUUGAGCUGAUGUCUCCUGCAUCAAGUAACAGCAGUGGGUCUCUCUCACCUUCUUCUUCUUCUGAUUGCCUGGUGAACCGGGGAGGACCUGGCCGGAGUCAUGUGGCAGCAUUAAGAAGUCGUUUCGAAUUGGAAUAUGCUCUAAAUGCAAGGUCCUAUGCUGCUUUGUCCCAAAGUGCUGGACAAUAUUCCUCUCAAGGUCUGUCUUUGGAGGAGAUGAAAAGAAGUCUUCAAUACACACCCAUUGACAAAUAUGGCUAUGUAUCCGAUCCCAUGAGCCCAAUGCAUUUUCAUUCUUGCCGAAAUAGUAGCAGCUUUGAGGACAGCAGCUGACAGCAUUCGGCGUAUACCUAAGGAGAGUUUUUUCCCCGAACUGACAGCAACGAUUCCAACCACGGCAAGCUGGCUUCCAACUAUAACAUUUUAUUCUCAAAGGUCUCCUUAAAUUGGGCUUGUUUUUACUGGUCCUAUUUAAUUCCCCACUAUUAGCAGGCUUUGGAUUUGUGCCUAAGGAAUAAUAUGCAAAAGAACCAAGACAGAAUGUAUAUGAAGAAUUGUUUUUAAUUUUGUAAAUUAAAAAAAAUUUAGAUCGUUACUUGGAAAUGGAGCCUAAGUCUGUGGUGGACAGAUAAUAAUUAUGUUUUCCUGGGCUGAAUUAUGUAGACUUGUGUUUGACAGCUAUGGGUUUAUUUCUUAGAACAUUGUUCAUUUUCUUUUCUCAUUAUGUUACUUCUAGUGUUCACCUCUGUGAUUAAAGAUUCUUUGGUGAAAUAGAAAAUUGA